GCUCAACUGCAGUGCUUGCAACAGUGACACAAGCAUUUUCCUUGCGACAUAUUGAACCUCGGCAUUUGCAGUGUAGAACAAGAUGUGCUUCGAAAGAAUGCACUGACAUGAAUUCCUCAAUUGACUUUAUAUGUUUGACAGGCAGCAUGCCAGAUACUCCGGCUGCUUUACUCACACAGAUGUCGGCGGAAGUCGAUGGGAGCAUGCUGGAGAUAGGGCAUGCGUACACGGUGUGCAUCGAUCUUGGUGCGAACUACACUGCAGGCAGUUCAGGCUUUGUGGCCUAUGUUUCAGGUGUGACAUCAGCGGAUCCUUUUGUAUACCCAACAAGCCAGCACAGCUUCACUUUGAUUUGCGAUGGCUGCAGCGACACGACACAGAUAUUUCUUGGAACUGAAGAGUGCCAGGUGCUGUGGAGUCCUCGAGCUAUACUUGCCACUGCAGGUGUCCUGGAUUGGACAUCCUAUUUGGAUGCCACAGCUUUGCAAGUUGGGAUGUACUACCAGCUGUGCGUUGAUCUCGACGGAGAGAAUCAAACUUUGCAGGGAGGCCCUACCGGGUUGGAUGUCUUUGUUUCUGCAGUACUGGAUUACGAGCGCCCGAUUGACGGGGUAUUUCGCGCAAAUCUUGCACAGAAAAUCAGGCUCAUGUGUUCCAGUUGCAGCCGUGCUGCCGAAGCUUUCUUGGGGGAGAGCUGCAGAAUGUUUGGAGAAAACACGACAGCGUCAGCACCAGCCACCCUUUCACCAAGAGCAGUAUUUCAAUUCGAUGGAGUGAUCUGGAGUGUGGAGAUUGAUGCCAGUGAUCUUCAUCCAGGGGGUCGGUAUCGCUUGUGCAUUGAUAUGGACGGGCAGGCAACGGGGCUUACUGCAGGUGACACUGGACUUACUGUCUAUUUGAGCCCUGCCAAAGAGCUUGAUCCGCUGACGAUCCUUCCAUUGCCACAGCAGACUGUUGGACCUUUUGCUUGUGAGGUUUGCUCUGAGGUGACCCGCGCAUAUCUUGGGGUAGAAUGCCCGGGGCACAUCACAGGCCUUGUUGGGGCAUACAAUCCUGGUGACACCGACCCACAGGAUCUCAAUCAGACAAAUGACACAGCCCUACCAGGAAAGUGGUUCAAAUCUAGUGGCGAUGGAGGAUUGCUUGCCAAUCCUGAUGGAGUAGGUUGGGUUGUGACCUUGAAUGCAGAGAACCUCACUGCGGGGUAUCACUACAGGCUUUGUCUUGACUUGGAUGGCUUCGACACAGCACUGGGCUUUGGAGACACAGGAGUGAAGGUCUCUGUUGUUGCCGAACUCCCUGUGGCACCGGAGCCCGCGCCAGAAAUUAAUCUGUCCAGUGUCAACUCUUCCAACUCCUCGAUCUUGGAUGCUGAUGCAGGAC